AUGGGGAAACGAGCCUGGCCAGGAACCAAGACUGGGACGAUGACAAGUAUAGCACCGAGAAUUGGCGCUGUACUGGAGAUGGAGGAGGAAGAGCUGAUGAUCGCAGCGAUGAGAACUGGAGUUGGAAGACGGGCUGCAAGGGACAUCGCCGAUGCAGGCGAUGACGGGCCGGAACAUGAUGAUCCCGAGAGUCUUAUGCAGCAGCUCACAAAUCCACGUGACCUCGACCCCCUCCUCAUCUGGAAGGUGAAAUUCUGCAGACGGUGGGAGCGCCAGUGUCCAAAGAAUUUCGAGAUGGAGCACGAGAUGACGGCCGAGUCAGUCCGGGGCAGCCCCCUCUUCUACCUCGGGUCCCAUUCCGGCGGCUGGAAUUGCCCCCUCGUCUUCUACCUCGAGUCCCAUUUUCGCGGCUGGAAUAGCCCCAUCGUCUUCUACCUCGAGACCCACUGGUCCUUCAACGGCGAGUGGAAUAGCUGCGUCGUGGUGUAUCCCGAAGAAGCUCGUACCGAAGGUGAGCGCAAGGUCAUCGGAUCGGUGGUGGGUCGCUUGAACUGGCGAGACAAGGAGAUGGUGAUCGUGUCUAUGGCGCCAUGCCAGGUGGUCACAGUCAAGCAGGCUUGCGCAUCAUGGCCCAUCCCGACGUCCUCCGCUUUGGUUACAUGCUUUGAACACGGAGAUUUUGUGAGGGCCGUGUUCUGCAAGCUCAUCGAUUACAACUUCGACCUUCGACGAUGGAAGCUGUCGGUGGCUCGGUGGCCGCACUACCUGGUGACGGAUGCCAGGACGGGAUACGAUGCCCUGAACAGCGACACCCUGCCCACAGACCGGAAAGUGGCCAUCGACGUGGCGGUGCUCAGACAAGCGUAG